AUGGCCAAUCUUUGGCGCCUUAGCCUGCUUAUUACCUUGGCAAUAGCCUUGAUCGCCACCAGUGUAGCUGCUAAAUAUGAGAAACCUUAUAUAUAUGCAUCUCCACCACCACCACCCUCGUAUCAUUAUAAGUCACCACAACCACCACCAUCUUACAAACCCAAGUCACCACCACCGUAUUAUUACAAAUCACCGCCGCCGCCGUCAUAUAAACACAAAUCUUCACCAUCAUAUCAUUACAAGUUACCACUACCACCCACUCAUUCUAAGUCACCAAAGUAUCACUAUGAGUCCCCACCUCCUCCAUAUAUUUACAAGUCACCACCGCCUCCUUCUCCCUCCCCACCUCCUCCUUAUAUCUAUAAAUCACCACCCCCACCCUCACCAUCACCUCCCCCUCCGUACAUUUACAAGUCACCACCUCUCCCGUCUCUAUCGCUACCACCACCUUAUAUUUACAAGUCACCACCACCACCACCUCCAUCCCCAUCACCACCUCCUCCUUACAUUUACAAGUCGCCGCCACCUCCAUCUCCCAAACCAUACGUCUACAAAUCACCACCACCAUCUCCCAAGCCAUACGUAUACAAAUCUCCUCCACCCCCAUCACCAAAGCCGUACGUAUACAAUUCACCACCACCACCAUCCCCGAAGUCGUACGUGUACAAGUCUCCUCCACCACCAUCUCCCAAACCAGACGUAUACAAGUCUCCCCCACCACCAUCUCCCAAACCAUACUUCUACAAGUCUCCUUCACCGCCUUCUCCCAAGCCGUACGUCUACAAGUCUCCGCCACCACCCGCUUACGUCUACAAGUCUCUGCCACCACCGGUUUACAUCUAUAAGUCUCCACCACCACCGGCUUAUGUCUACAAAUCACCACCACCACCAUCUCCCAAGCCAUACAUAUACAAAUCUCCUCCACCCCCAUCACCAAAGCCAUACGUAUACAAAUCUCCUCCACCCCCAUCACCAAAGCCAUACGUAUACAAUUCACCACCUCCACUAUCCCUGAAGCCGUACGUGUACAAGUCUCCUCCACCACCAUCUUCCAAACCCUACGUAUACAAGUCUCCUCCACCACCAUCACCGAAGCCAUACGUCUACAAGUCUCCUCCACCGCCAUCUCCCAAACCCUACGUAUACAAGUCUCCUCCACCACCAUCUCUCAAACCCUACGUAUACAAGUCUCCCCCACCACCAUCACCGAAGCCAUACGUCUACAAGUCUCCUCCACCACCUUUUCCCAAGCCGUAUGUCUACAAGUCUCCGUCACCACCGGCUUACGUCUACAAGUCUCCUCCACCAUUAUCACCAAAGCCUUACAUCUACAAGUCACCACCACCACCGGCAUACAUAUACAAGUCACCACCGCCACCACAUUCUGACCCUCACCCACCUUACGUUUACAAAUCACCACCACCACCUUCACCAUCUCCUCCUCCACCAUACAUCUACAAGUCACCUCCUCCUCUAGUUUCAUCCCCACCCCCUUCUUAUAUCCAUAAAUCACCACCACCACCCUCUCCCUCACCUCCACCACCUUACAUUUACAAGUCACCACCACCACCGUUGCUCUCACCUCCUCCACCCUAUGUUUACAAGUCACCCCCACCACCGUUUCCGUCACCUCCCCCUCCUUAUGUCUACAAGUCACCACCACCCCCGCUUCCGUCCCCACCUCCUCCUUAUAUCUACAAGUCACCUCCACCUCCCUCUCCAUCACCACCUCCUCCAUAUAUUUACAAGUCACCACCACCUCCUUCUCCCUCCCCACCUCCUCCAUACAUCAAUAAAUCACCACCCCCACCCUCACCGUCUCCUCCUCCUCCAUACAUUUACAAAUCACCACCACCACCUUCACCAUCACCUCCCCAUCCGUACAUUUACAAGUCACCACCUCCCCCGUCUCCAUCUCCUUCACCACCUUAUAUUUACAAGUCACCACCACCUCCUCCUUAUAUUUACGAGUCGCCGCCAACUCAAUCUCCCAAGCCGUACAUCUACAAAUCACCACCACCACCACCAUCUCCCAAGCCAUACGUAUACAAAUCCUCUCCACCCCCAUUACCGAAGCCAUACGUAUACAAUUCACCACCUUCACUAUCCCCGAAACCGUACGUGUACAAGUCUCCUUCACCACCAUCUCCCAAACCCUACGUAUACAAGUCUCCCCCACCACCAUCACCGAAGCCAUACGUGUACAAAUCUCCCCCUCCCCCAUCACCAAAGCUGUAUGUGUACAAGUCUUCUCCUCCACCAUCGCGGAAGCCAUACGUGUACAAGUCUCCUCCACCCCCAUCACCAAAGUUUUAUGUGUACAAAUCUCCACCACCACCAUCACCGAAGCCAUAUGUCUACCAGUCUCCUCCACCACCUUCUCCAUCCCCUCCCCGUCCUUAUAUCUAUAAAUCACCACCACCACCCUCUCCUUCACCUCCACCACCUUACAUUUACAAGUCACCACCACCAACAUCGCCUUCACCUCCCCCAUCCUAUGUUUACAAGUCACCACCACCCCCAACACCAACUGUCCAUUACUAAACUGAUUGAAUUUGUGUUUGCAUUGUGUUGUCAAUUUGUAAGACACAUCAAUGUUGCAAGAGAGGCUUCCAGUUUGACGAAAUCUCAUCUCAUCAAAUCUGAAAUGGGACCACCGGACCGGAAAUGUGUUUGAGAAUAAGAGGCUAUGUUUU